AUGACCCAACAAGACCCCACUACCACCUCGGCGCCUGAAGCUGUGGCUCUGCCCGCGUGGCUGCGGUUCCUAACGCCAUACUACGUAUGUAAUGGUGUGACUCUUCUGAUGUAUGUACCCAUCCGGUACCAGCGAUCGGGUGACGCGCUCUCGGAGCGAGACAAUUUUUUCCAAAUACCAUUGGAAUACGAGAUUUUUCUGCUUGCACUGGGCUCGUGGCUGCUGAAUUUCCGCAAAAAAGCGACAGCAGAUGGUGUCCUGUCGCUCUUUUUCCUCUAUGGCAAACUCGCGGUCUUGGCUUCCCUCUACUAUCUCGAUAUCACGCUUUUUGCGUGGUACGCGGUGAUCUGCCUCGUACUGUUUGCAGCAGUGGGGCAGCCCAGGUACCAGGGUCCAUCCAAGAUAUCGGAGCUAGACCCAGCAAUGAUGGAGAAAGUGGUGAAAAGAUCAUCAGGUGCAAGAAAGAAAGGCCCGCCAAAUUCGUGGCUCGUCUUUUUUUACGCAGACUGGAGUGACUCGUGUGUAGAGCACGAGCCCAUGCUCGCUGACCUGUCACUGAGGUACUCGUCUGAUUCGCUGCAAUUCGGCAAGAUCGAUGUGAACAAAUGGUCCGAUCUGGGCGUGGAAAAUCGAAUCAGUGUGUCGACGUCGUCCUGGCAGCUACCGACGUUGAUUUUGUUUCAGAAUGGCGAGGAAGUCAUGCGUUUGCCGCAGAUUGAUGACAAAGGGAAGGUUAUCAAAACGGUCCUCGAUCGGGCGGGACUUGUUGCUGCCUUUAAGCUUCAAGAGCUGAAGGAGGGAAAAGCAGCUACGUUUGAGGCAAAAAAGACUAGCUAA